AUGGCUUUCAAAAAUUCAACCCUCGCCAAGUACAUCAAAAACAUCAAGACCUCUCCGAGAUCAUUGAUUGCUAAUCGCACGCUCUUGACGACGGCGGCACUCUAUGCGCUUGCUGGAAUUCCUUUGUGUUGGGACCAAGGUUCAAGCGCCACUAUACCCUCUCUGCCUGGCUUUGCGAAGGAGUUCGGUAUUACAUCUGCAACCAACCCGAGUCAGGUUUCCAAUUUCGUUUCCCUGGUGUACAUAGGAUGUGGUGUCGGAGCUGCUCUUUCGUUCUUCGUCAACGACCGGGUGGGCCGUCUAUGGUCCCUCCGCCUGUAUUCUGUGAUCUGGAUCAUCGGCCAGCUGAUUGCUGUCGGCUCUCAAGGAAACAUGAAGGUCAUGUACGCCGGACGAAUUGUGGCCGGAUUUGGUAUCGGACCCCUUACUGUCAUCGGACCUGUGUCGCUCGUGGAGAUUGCUCCGUCUGAGAUCCGGGGUCUACUCACCACCUGGUUCAGCGUUGUCCUCCUAAUGUCCCUUUUCAUGGCCGCAUUCACAGUCUAUGGCUGUUUUGUGAGCAUGGCUGCCAGCUCGCUGCAGUGGCAAGUCCCUUUCUUUGUGCCAACCAUUAUCAUGGCCUUUGUAAUCCUCGCUAGUUUCUUUGUUAGUGAGAGUCCACGUUGGCUCUUUCUAAAAGGUCGUGAUGAAGAAGCUAUUGAGGCCCUCGUCAAGAUCCGCGGUCUACCUCUGGAUCAUCCUCGCGUGCAAUCUGAAUUGCAAGACAUCCAGAAAUCCCUCGCCAAGGAGCGCGCCGCUUAUGGGGAUGCCACAUCGUAUUCCCUCCGGGGUCUCGGAGCUAUCCUAAAGGAAACAUUCCUCGUCCCAGCGAACCUCCGACGUACUCAGCAAGCCUUUAUUUCAUACGCUUUAGCUCAGCUAUCCGGCGCCAAUAGCAUCACGACGUAUCUGGUCCCUAUCCUAAGCUUGGUCGGCGUCAAGGGUGGUACUUCUUACAGUCUCUUGAUUGCUGCUAUGUAUGGUGUUGUCAAAUUCUUCUAUACUGUGAUUGCCAGUUUCUUCUUUGUCGACGCCAUUGGUCGUAGAAACAGUCUCUUCCUUGGUAUUACGAUUCAGAUGCUCUCGGAUAUCUACAUUGGCGUCUACGUCAAGUUCAAACAAGCAGGACCCGUUCCUACUUCCGCGGGACAAGCUGCUCUUGCGGCCAUCUUCAUUCAUGGCUUCGGCUAUGCUGUAGGCCUUCUAGUAUUGCCCUACGUGUUUGUCUCGGAACUGUGGCCAAACCAGAUUCGUUCAUUCGGCGCAGCCCUGACUCAAACCUUCCACUGGCUGUUCUUCUUCGGUGUCAACAAGGGUAUUCCCUCCCUUCUUUCCAGUACCAACAACUGGGGAGCAUUCAUCUUCUUUGCCGGUUGGUGUUUCUUGGCCCUCAUCUACUCCUUCCUGGUGGUCCCCGAGACGGCCGGCGUGGACUUGGAAAAGCUGGACGCUUUGUUUGAGGGCCCCUGGUGGAAUCAGUACAAGCGACCCAAGGCCAUGGUUACAGAGUCUGUGGAGAUAGGUCAGAAGAGUGACAGCGAAGAGACCCGGUCGGCGGAGGGUGUUGCCGUGAAGCAGUGA